UCCGCUUACAGCUGAUCGAAGCAAUAGAAAUUAAUUAAUUUGUUAAUAUCGCCUGUUAUUAAUUAUUAUAAUUACUAUUAUUACCAUGGCCCGACACCUGUGAGCGCCCAAAAGGGCGUCCAAAAUGAAACGUCUGCCGGCAACGAGACAAGGUGGAAAACGAACGUCGACAUAACACGUCAACAACACGUAGAGCGAAACAUUCACGGCCAAGAGACCAUACGGCGCGGGAUUACGGCCGCAGAGCAUGUGUAAUGGCCUCUACGAGAUCCGCCGGAGAUGCAACGCCCACUGCUGAGCCCACGUCCGCUUUCAGGAAACUCUCCACGGCUAGUGGGAGUGGGAUCGCACCAGGAGCGCCCAGCUGGCAGAGCUGCUACUACUGCACCCGGGAGCACUUCAAGACCAUCAGCGACUUUGUGAAUCACCUACGAUCUCGACACUGCACCCGUGAAGGCGGCUCCUUUGUGUGUCGCUACGGCUUCAAUGGCGUUUGUGCCUCUCUUCCAUUGGACGGAGUCUCUGACCGCGACUACGACGCCCAUGUGGCCAAGUAUCAUGUAAACCAGCAGACACGCGAAAUGCCACCAGAAUGGGGAGUCUACUCGGCGGCCCAGAACCUGCCGGCCGUGCUAAACGAUCCGUCUCGCGGCAAACAGAGCAAUCUAUUUACCAAGAAGUGGGGCGAACACUUUGUGGAUCGGAGUCAUGUGCCCGCCUCACCGCGCCUCCCAGACAUCACGCAUGCCGACUUUUCCGUAUAUCUGGGAAGCAUAGGAAAGCGAUAUCGCUGGCAUGAGCGUCGCCAGCAGCAACUGGAGCGAGAUAAGCCGCUGGAAAACGGAGGACAAAGCUUACCAGGAUCAGGUGGGCAGACAACACCCACGCAUCUGGGCGCGGUGCCGGAGAUCUUCCUGAAGUCGCAGCUGCAGCUGCACCACCCGGCCACCUUCAAGCAGGUGUUUCCCAAUUACAUGCAGACAUCCGCUUCCACGCCGGAAACGCACCAGCAGACAGGCCGGCAGUUGCAGGAGCAACUGAGUCACUACCUGGACAUGGUGGAGGUGAAGAUCGCCCAGCAAGUUUCGCAGAAAUCUGGCGCCUUCUUUCACGCGAUGACCACGCAACAUGCCAUUUUAGCCGAAAUGGAGCAGGCUGCGGAACAGGUGCGUCAGCUGAGGGCAGCGCUGGCCCAGCUGCACAGCCACUCGGUGGUGGACAGCUUUAAGGUGCUGCGCUACGCCCAGCGAAGGCAGCACUACAACCUGACGCUGGACAAACUCCGACUGAUGGCCACUGUGCACAAGACGCAACCGAUGCUGCAGCUCCUCCUGGGUACCCAGGACUAUGUGGCAGCUCUGGACCUGAUAGGAACCACCCAGGAGAUCCUGUCCGCCGAGCUGCUCGGCAUCCACUGCUUCAAGCACUUGCCCAUGCAGCUCAGCGAGAUGGAGAAGCUGAUCGAUAAGAUGCUUACCACGGAAUUCGAACGCUACGCCGCCUCGGAUCUUAAUCGACCGCUGACGGAUUCCCUCCGGGAAACGGAUAGCGUUUGCGCCGAGGAGGACAAGCUGGUGGCCAUUGUUAUGGGCCUGCUGCGCAAGCAAAACUUCACCUUUGUCCAGUCCUAUCAGCAGGAAGCCAUUGCCACCAUUAGAGCCAUCAUCAAACAGCUGCUGAUCGAGGUAUUGGCGCGCAGCGACAGCGAUCAGGAGAUCAGCCUAACGGGUCACGGGGAGCAGGCCUUGGAGCUCACCCUGCCCGAGUGGAUUGCCCUCCUGCAGCGCUCCAGUCAGGCCCUGGUUUCCAUUCUCGAACGCAUCAAGGCCGUGGUCGGCAUCAUGCAGCAAACGGCAGACGCCGCUGUGGGCGCUCAAGAUGCGGUGAAUCUGAUAGAUUCCGAGGCGUUUCUCAGCCUCGGACAUCAUGAGCAGCUGCAAUCCCAGCUGCAGCAACUCCUGCAGGCUGUCUGUCAUUACUGCCAUGAGCGUUGCGCCAACAUUGUCUCUCCCCAGAGCUUGGAAAAGAGUUCGGCGAGUGAACAGGAGCUCACCCAGCUCUCGGAGAUUGUGGAGCAGUUUGGCGAGACCACGAGGAGCAUUUGUGGGGUGGCCAGUGUGCCGCUCCAGUUGGCCUUAAAAGUCCAGGCGUCACGAUACGCUCAAAGAUUUCAUUCAGAACGAAAGCAAAAGUUGUCCUUACUCCUCGACCAGGAACGCUGGCGACAGGUUGACAUACCCCAUGAGUUCCAGCGGAUCAUCGAGCGAAUGGCUGCCGGGGAUUACGCCAAGCCGGAGCUGGGCAACCUGAUCAGCAAUGGCGGCGGCAAUCCCGUGCUUCUGGUGGAAGGAAAGCAACCGUACACCUUGGUAAGCGCGUCGCUGAUGCUGAUCAGGAUGCUGUACGAGUACGGAGGCAGCGCCCAGCGGCUGCCACUGCUGGCUAGCUAUCAUGCCCGGAACGUAGUUGACCUCCUGAGGUGCUUCAACUCACGCAGCUGCCAACUAAUCAUCGGAGCUGGGGCCAUGCGGGUGGCUGGCCUGAAGACCAUUACCAGCACCAAUCUGGCGCUGGUUUCCCGGGCUCUCCAGUUGGUUCUUUGGCUGCUGCCCAAGCUCAAGGAGCACUUCCAGGCGAUGAGUGGCUAUGAGGCCAUCGAAAGGGACUACCAGGGUCACAUCAAGGAGAUCGAGAACAAGAUCCACGGCAUUGUCUCGGAGCGACUAGCGGCACAACUGGAUGCCUGGGAGGCGCGUCCGCCAAUACCCUCCCAAACCUUCCGCCACAUCUCCCGGCAUCUGGUGAAACUCCACGAGGCCAUCGCCGGAGUGCUGCCCGAGGCACAGAUCCACGAGAUCUACGGCGUGGUACACCGCAACUUCAAGGACAAGUUGCGGGAGCAGCUGCUGAAGCUGAAUGUCAACAACAACGGAGGGCCACAGCAUGGAGUGGUCACCUCGGAGCUGACCUUCUACAUGGAGACGCUGCGCACACUGAAAGCCCUUCCCGCCGAGCAGCUGGACAACGGGAUUCUGGAGGAGAUUUGGCUUUACUGAGCACAGCAUUCCGAAGUAUUCCAUUUGUUUGUUAUCUUUGUUUUAUUUAUACGAUCCGUGACCUGGUGUCCAGUCGCGGUCAUGUAGCCCGUUUUCUGUGUAGAUUUCAUAUUUUUAUUUUCCGCCCUAUAGAGUAAAGGAAAGAGAGAACCUUUUCUCCUUCGUUGCGCACUUUUUAUAUACAUAAAGCGUAAAGUCACUGGAAAGGCUUAUGAUUAAAGAAUAGUAAAUAAUCAAAA